AUGCCGCUGGAGCGGGUGCUUGCUGAGAUUUUAACGGAUUCGGCUGCGCCUCCAGCAUUGAAGACAUUCUUGGAAGCUGAAGGAUUGACCACUUGUGCCCUCUUUUUCGAUUGUGUCAAGGACAUUGACGAUUUGGAGGCCAAAGUAGCAGCUCGGCUCCAACCUCCCGCAACCAGCCUCCGUGACUCAUCGGUCAUUCGAACGGUCUGGCGCCGGGCUCGGGUGGAGGCUGAGAAGGCAUUGACGGGGUCAGUGGAUGCUCCGGAAGAUUGGGAGAUCCCAUUAAACCCAACCACCAAAAAUGCCUUGACUGCAAAAAGUUCAGCCGCUUACGGCACAACUUUUCGUGCCCGAAAAAUGCCAUGUGAUUCCCUUCUCGGGCGCAUCUACAGAGAGCGGGAAAAGCAGAGCUUGACAGCGUUUCCUUUGGCAAGGGUGCGUAGCCUGGCUACCUCCCCCCAAGCCAAAGAACGUCCAGACCUCAGUCAGAGCCUUGGCAAUGGGGUGUUCCUGGAGCAUGGUGUGGCCAAAGGCAUUGAUUUGAGCACUACGCCAUAUGGCUAUUGGUUGUCCCUGUCGGUUCUCUUGAACACCUAUGUCUUGGUGGGUGUGGAUGGCUGGUGCCCCAAGCAAGUGGCGGAUGAUUAUUUGGAGCUGGUGGAGGAGAAGCUUUUUCAUCCCCGCUCUCCUGGCUUGACAGCGGUGGCGGAAGUGGAGAUGCAACACCGGCUUCGAUGGGUCGAAUUGACGAGAGGGCCGGAAGGGUUGACUUUGGGUGAGGCUAUCAAGGCCAGCAUGUCGGCUUUGGCUGGAGCUUGGCAGUAUGGUCCAGAGAUGCCCGGGCAAAAGCGAAGGAGAGCAUUGGAACCAGACAGGGAUUACAUCAUUCAGGAGGCCAAAGGAGGGGUGGCUUUGUGCCACAGCUGGAACCUGGGCAAAUGCAAGGAUGAGAAAUGUCCACACAGCCGGUUGCACAUUUGCGACAUCAAGGGAUGUGGCAAGCCUCACAGGCAUGGAGCUGCUUCGGCGACGGGGGUCCAUGACAUGGCACGCUUUAGUGACAAGGCUGGCGAUGUGUCAGCUUUUGAGUGGCGUGGCCUUGGCUUGGAGCCUUUGAACUGUGUCAAUUCUGGCAUGCAGCUGAGUGAUCAGAUCUAUCCAGCUGAUCCUGUUCGUUGCUUGGGCGAUCAGCCAGCUGAGUUUUUGGGCAUGGCAGCUUCACACCGUUAUCAACCUUCUCGCCGAAGGACUUUUGCAGCUACAUCACUUACUGCUUCAACUGGUUUGCAACCGACUGGAAGGGCUUUACCGCCUCUGGUGCCCACUGGCCUUGCACCUGACCAGCAUUGGCAACGGGCUUGUUUUGGUACUGAGCACCCAUUGGCCCAGCUUCCAAACCUGCCGCCCAAACUGUUGCAAGCGGCAGAGCAUUUGGAGAGCCUUGGUGGGGGCAUUGUGAGUUGGCGCAAGGAGCAAAUGAAGCGCAUACGCCACUUGGCAGAAUCACUUCAGCCUGUGCAAGCGCAGUGGCAGCAGGGCUUGCACCCGCAGGUGCGCCGGAUCAUUGGGAAGUGGCAUCUGCCGCUUCUCCACAUCCUUGCAAAAGAAGCUGGCUCGGAGGAUCUGUUUUUCAAUUUGGAUUACAGUGCCGGGGUGCGCUGUGUGGGCCGUGCAGCACACUCAUUUGUGAUGCCCUUGAAGUUCACCCGGCCGACUCUCUCAGUUGAGGCUCUUCUGAGCCAGGCCAAGGUGCGCAACCCCCAGCUGAUAGCGUCGGUCCGGAGUUCGGCGAUGCAGAGUUGCUUGGUCAACGCCACAGUGGAAGACUACGAAACCUAUGUGCCCCGCGGCAUUGAGCACAUUUUGGCACUCAUUCGGCACUUGCAGGUCCGUUUUGGCCUUGGUGUGCAGCUAGAGGGCUUCACUGCAGAUUUCAAAGCGGCCUACCGACAGGUGGCGGUGUCACCGUCCCAGUACAAGUUUCAGGGGGUGGCAUGGUGGGAUUGCUUGCGAGCCACAGUGAUGAUUGGUGUCCUCACAGCGCUGCCUUUUGGAGCUCGUAGAGCGCCAGCCAAUUGGGGUCGUUUGGUGCUUUUGCUCAUGACAAUUGCUUGGCACCAUUUCAGCCUGCUGGUCUUGGACUAUGUGGACGACGUGAAUGGUGUUGAGCCGCAUUUUUCUGCAGAGAGUGCGCGGCAAACCUGGGUGGAGCUAGUCAGCUUGCUAGGCCUGACGCUGGACGUGGACAAGUGCAAGCUUGGUUUUGCGCUGGUGGCAGCCUUUGGUCGCUUUGGUCGUGCUCAGUUGUCGGCCAUCAAGCGACGGCAGUAUGCAUCGGGCGGCAAGAAUUUUCAAUUGUCUGCGGUGCUGCGGGCUCAGUUGGAGUGGUGGUUGGUGCAUUUGCGCUCCCUUCCUGGUCGCGGGGUCCCGCGCUCCAUCCAGCAGCGGUGGGGUGGGGUCAACAACAUUCACCGCAUCGAAGCUGUGGGGCCACCAAUUUGCUUCCUGACAUGGCCUGAAAAAUUGCGAGGGCAGCUGUUGCUGUUUUUCAUUGACAACCAAUCUGCCUUAGGCAGCAUGGUUGGAGGCUGGUCGCAUGAGGAGGUACUGAAUGACAUCACUGCCUUGUCCUGGUCUCUUGCGGCCAGUUUGCAGUGCUUUGUCUUUUUCGAAUACGUACCUUCGGCAUCCAACAUUAUUGAUGCAGCUAGCCGGGCGCAGUCCACGGCUGACCUUUCUGUUUACUAUAAUAGAG